AUGAAGGCUGGCUCUUUAGAUGUUGAUGAUAUCUAUGAAAUAGAAGAUAAAGAUGGUGUCAGAUUCAAUUGGAAUGCUUUCCCUGUGACGAGAGCAGAAGAAGAUAAAAUAACAGCACCAUUGGGGUGUCUUUAUACACCGUUGAAUCCAAGAGAGGACUUACCAAGGAUUUAUAGAGCCCCAUUCAAAUGUAACAAUUGUUCAGCGGUGCUUAAUCCGUUUGGAUCAAUAGAUUCCAUUGCAAAAGUUUGGACAUGUUCAUUAUGUUUAACAAGGAAUAAAUUUCAGGGGAAUUAUAAUUUUAAUCAUGUUUUAGAGGAAUUGGAUCCGAUAACUAGCUCUGUUGAAUACGUUAUGGUGGAUCCCAUGGCUAGUCCCUUAUUGUUUCUUUAUGUGAUUGAUUUGACAUUGGAAGAACCGGAUCUUGAAGCGUUAAAACAAAAGAUAAUAGAUUCAAUAGACCUUCACCCCAUGGGAGCAUAUAUCGGAUUGAUUGUGUUUGAUUCAAAUGUGAGGUUGUACGAAUUAGGUUCCGCAUUGAUUCCAAAAAUGCAUGUUUUCAAAGGUUCGAAAACUUAUAGUGAGCAAGAUGUUCAGAAAUUAUUGGGAAUUGCCGGUAAUGGGACUAGACCUUUCAACAGCAAGUAUGAAAAUGUCUUGGGGACAUUGAAUAGAUAUUUUACCCCACUAUCGGAUGAUUACGCCAGGUCUAGGUUGAUAACUAUUAUAUCAAAUUUGAAAACUACUUCAUUGACAUCUUCGUCUCAACGACCUGAAAGGUGUACUGGAUCUGCAUUAGCAAUUGCUUCAGGAUUGAUGGAUGGUGCGUUUUUGAAUGCAUCGGGGCAUGUCUUGUUAUUCAUUGGAGGGCCAUGUACAGUUGGACAGGGGAAAGUUGUUGAUGUUGAGAAAAGUUCACCAAUUAGAUCAUUCAACGAUAUAAGGAAAAGAAAUGCAACUCAUUUGAAAAAAGCUAUUAAAUUUUAUGAUUCGAUUGCAUCAAGAGCUUCUUCACUUACUGCUAAUGAGAAAACAGGUGAGAAUACUACAUCUUCAUCAAUUUAUAGUAUUAAUGUGUUUGCAAGUAGUUAUGAUCAACCAGGUAUUUAUGAGAUGAAGAAUUUAACAGGUUGGACCGGUGGUAUCCUAAUUAUGACUGAUUCAUUCACCACGAACAUUUUCAAGGAAACUUUCAAUAAAGUGUUUGAAUUGAAUGAGGAAGGUGUUGUUGAUAUGCAAGCUAGAGGGAACAUGACUGUGCUAACAUCAUCAGCUUUAGAAGUUGCAGGGAUGAUUGGUAAUGGUGCCAAAGUGCCAAAUAAUGGUAAAAAUCAUAGUGACGUUGCAGUGGGUGAGGGUUUUACAAACAGUUGGAAUUUACCAAUGAUUUCAUCAAGACAUGGUUAUGCUGUGUAUUUCAAAGUUCAAACAGUUGCAUAUGGUAAUGAAAGAAGAGGUAUUCCUGGGUUCUUUUAUAUACAAUUUUUGACGAGUUAUAAACAUGUUGACGGGUCACUAAGAUUAAAAGUCACAACAUUGAAAAAAGCCACCACGAACACACUCAAAUUGGAGGAGAAUUUCGAUCAAGGAACUGCUGUGGUUUUGAUGCUUAGAGAAACAACUGAUAAGAUACAAAGAGGAUUAUUAGAUCAUGCUGAGGUUUCGCAAAAAGUUGAUGAACAAUUGAUUCAUCUUUGUAAAGGAUUUGGUAUUUAUAUCAAAAAGGAACCAUCAUCUUUCAAAUUGAAUGAAUUAUUCUCAUUAUUACCACAAUUUGUUUACAAUUCCAAAAAAUCACCAAUAUUGACAAAUUUCAACAACACACCAGAUGAAAGCACUUUUUAUGUUGAUAUAUUCCAAAAAUCCAAUGUUGAUGAUUCUUUAACUAUGAUCCAACCCACAUUAUCAAUAUAUACAGCAACUGAUCCAACUCCUCAACCUGUGUUGUUGGAUUCUUCUUCACUUCAAAGAGAUGCUGUUUUAUUAAUGGAUUCAUUUUUUUAUGUGGUUAUACACAUUGGUGAAAUAGCUGCAGCAUGGAGAGAUCAAGAACUUGAUCGAGAGGAAUUUGCAAAUGUUUAUGAAAUGUUGGAACAAUCUCAAAAAGAUGCAGUGGAGAUCAUACAGGGUAGGUUUCCAUUUCCUAGAUAUAUCAUUACUGAUCAAGGUAAAUCACAGGAUAGAUUUUUGUUAUCAAGAUUGAAUCCUUCAAAUAAUGAUAAUGGAUUUGCAUUUGUUACUGGUAUUACUUCUGAUGGCAAAGAGGUGAUUUAUACUGAAGAUAUGAGUUUGAAUCAGUACUACAUGAAACUAAGAGAUGUUGUCGUUAAGGAGCAUUAA